UUGCUACCAUGAAAGGUGAUAGACUCAAGCUGUAGACCUAUACUGCUCUGUGACCCUGACUCAACACACAACCUGCUUGUCUGAAAGUGUCAACGAUUUCAAAGAGGAGAAAGAAAUGGCUCAUGAAGAUGGACCGAGGAUGUUCCAAGAGCAGCUGGCGGAGAAGGUCCGGCCCUUCAUAGACUUAAUAGAUGACAUGAGAUCCAUAGGGAUAGAUAAGGAGCUGCCACUGCCAGCCAUUGCUGUGGUGGGAGACCAGAGUUCAGGAAAAAGCUCUGUGCUUGAGACCCUUUCUGGGGUGGCGCUGCCCAGAGGGACUGGUAUUGUCACCAGGUGCCCACUGCUACUUAAACUCUGUAACGACAGGACAGUGAAAUGGGAGGCUGUCAUCUCAUACGGUGGGAAAUUCAGAUGUGAAUUUGACGAACCUUCAGAAGUCAUGAGACAAGUUGAACAAGCUCAGAACGUGUUAGCUGGAAAGGGAGUGGGGAUAUGUGAAGACCUGAUCACUCUAAAGAUCACAUCCUCCACGGUGUGUGACCUCAGUCUGAUUGACUUACCAGGGAUCACCAGGGUGGCUGUGAAAGGACAACCAGAAGACAUUGGAGUCCAAAUCAAGAAUCUCAUUUCGAAAUUCAUAAAGGAGAAAAGAUCCAUUAUUUUGGUGGUGGUACCAUGUAAUGUUGACAUAGCAACAACAGAAGCCCUGAAAAUGGCACAACAAGUGGAUCCUGAAGGCACAAGAACUAUGGCCAUUCUGACAAAGCCAGACCUGAUAGACCCGGGAGCAGAGAAGAAUGUGUUGGAAAUUGUCCACAAUAGAGUCAUCUUUCUCAAUAUGGGUUAUGUCAUUGUGAAAUGUCGUGGUCAGAAGCAAAUUGAUGAAAACAUGUCAAUAUCCCGUGCGAUUGAGGAGGAGUUGGAAUUCUUCCGAAAUCACGAGCACUUCAGAUCCCUCCUGCGUGAGGAGAAGGCAACCACCAAGUGCCUUGCCACCAAGCUCAGCAAUGCCCUGGUCAAACAGAUCAAAAAGGAUUUGGCGUGGCGAAGAGCUGUGGACAGCCCCCCAUCACACAGCUAGCCUUCAGGGAGCUGCUCAUCCGGGAGCUUGCUGCCUAUAGCACAAAGUCCACUGCAUCACGCUCUGCCCCCUCUACCUCUGCCCCCUCUACCUCUGCCCCUCUACCUCUGCCCCCUCUACUCCUGCCUCCAGUGGUGUUCAUAUGCCACAGUUCAUUACUGCAGGCAUGACUGUGCCUCAUGGCCAAAAGGCCACAGCAUUUAGGCGUCGUUGUGUUCUGUGUCACAUGAAGUCCCCCAUCAUCUGCACCACGUGUUCAGUUUGUCUAUGCUUUACAUCAGAAAGAGACUGCUAUGUGACAUGGCACAGGCAGCAACAUAUUGUGUAGAGGACUUCUAAAGGCUCUACCCCUGUUUUUAUUGUUUCUAAUAUUUUUUUAAACAUUUUUAUAAUUUCUUUUGUGUGUUAGAAUUGCUUUUUGAUAUGUUGUAUAUAGUUAUUUGCACUGUUGUAUAUAGUUAUAGGUCAUUUCACCAAUUCGGCCACUUAGGUACAUUUGG